AUGACCAACAACAACCACGAGGAGGAUCGCCGCUUCGUCCCUCCUCGAAAUGUGGAGCAGCAUGAGCCGUGGCUUUUCCAGAGCACCAACGUGCGCCCCCUACCGAUCAUGCCAGCAGCAUUACCCGGUCUCUCACCUUCAGCCAGCGACAGCUCGCUGUUCUACUUGGACCUCGAGAGUCUGAAGAGUCUACUACCUCCCUCGGAUAUUCGACGUCGUCCGAGAAGCAGCGAGGACGACUACACCACUAACAACAACAACAACUAUCGAAGUGUCCGUGGACCUUCAAGUCGUGGACGUCACGCCCCAGCACGGCUAGAAGCGUUGAACCUCAGUACCAGCCACGCAGUCGACAAGAAGCUCCGACACCAUAGACGCAGGCGCCAAGUUGGUUUACAUUCCAAGCACAAGCUUCGUAGGAAGGCUCUACGUAUCGACUCAGCUAAGGUGCGGCCUUCUACGCAAGAAAUGCUGGACAGUGGCGCUGCGAGUGUCUACAAGUCGCCUACCAAGUUUCGAAACAAGGCGAGGAAGAGUACAACGCUGCAGCAUGUCGGGGAACAUCGACCGGAGAUGAGGCGAAGACCGGCGAUGCAUUACGCGUUCGACUACGACUCGGACGGUCAAGAUCGAAAGGAGAAGCCCGUGACUCCAUUGGAAGAUCUCGACGAAGAGAGGAGGCAGAAGGAAGCGAUUGCCGAGCAUUUGAACCUGACGCUGGAGGAGUACGAACGUCUGGACGCUGCGUUUGGGAACAAUUCUCAACCGGACUCGCUGAAUGAAGACGAGCGAUCCAUGACCGAUCGGUAUUACGAAGAAUUCCAGGAGUUCGACGUCGAUGACAGUGGAUCCAUCUCUCCAGAUGAACUACGACAGCUACUGCUAGCCUCGGGGGAAGACAUGGAUGACGCCGAGCUCGCCUCAGUCAUCCAACAAGCAGACACGGACCACGACGGGGAGAUCAAUUUCCACGAGUUUAUCGCCAUCAUGCGCGCUCGCAAGCGGCUUCUCCACGUCGCCAACCAAAUGGGCGUCAAUGGCAGUGGACCCACAAACUUGAACAUUCUGCCUCCUCUAAAGCUUGCAGCCCGACAGGCCAAACGCCACUUGCAGCCUCAAAACCGGGCAAUGGUUGUGGCUCGCGCGACGCCGUCAUGUCUUCGACCGGGCGCCAAAGUGGACAUUGGGGAUCUUCGACGGGAGCUCGCGCUCUCCGAGUACGGCAUCCAGGAGCUGAGUUCCAAGGUUCGUGAAGGCCUGCAGUGGGUCCAGCAACACUGCCCCGUCCGGUCUCUCAAGGCUCAGAUCUUCUGCCAUCGGUGGGGCAUGGAGAAGGUUCACCAGCUCUUCGUACGGCUCCAGUCGCAGCAGCUUUCUCGCGCCUUCCGCAAGUGGAACGCCUUCCUCAUGUUCGAGCGCAACAAGAUCAAGGCCAACAUGUUCCUCAAGUGCAAAGGCGGCCAGAAGAUGACGGCCAUCAUGAACAAGUGGAGACGCAAGGUCACGCGACGCAAGUUCGUGCGCUGGAAGACCGAGUGCAUCUUGGACGCGAGGAACGAGAUCCACUCGGCUGCUAUCGAGAUCCAGCGAGUGGUGCGAGGCGACCUCGCUCGACUGCUACGACAGCGAAUGCAGGAAGAGUUCGCCGUUAUCCACAUCCAAGCGCUCGUGCGCGGUCGCUUGGCUCGGACUUUCGUGAGUCGAAAGCGUCAGGAUAAACUGGAGCACGAAGCUGCGUGUCUUCUCCAACGCUGCUACCGAGGAUACACGGGCAAGCGCCUCGCGCGCGCGCUCUUCAAAGCUCAACGUGAAGCACUGGCAGCCUGUCGAAUUCAACGCACGUUCCGGAACUUCCAGCGACGUGAGCUGCUGCGCGUGAUUCAACGCACCAAGCUGGAGAACGAUAGUGCAGUUGUCAUGCAGUCCUGCAUUCGCAGCUAUCUCGCUCGAAGAGAGCGAAAGUUUCGUGCAAACAGAAGACUGAGAGAACGCAGCGCUGUUAUUCUCCAACGAUGCACGCGCGGAUAUCUCGCGCGACGUCGAGUGCUGCAGUUACGAGAGAAGAUCCGCGCAGCAUUAACCAUCCAGUGCUUCUUCCGCGUCUGUCGCUCACGACGUCGUGUGCAGAUGCUACGAACGGAGAAGCAGUUCAAGCAGCGACAAGCGUUCGAACGCGCAGCAGCGACAAAGAUUCAAACGUGUUGGCGGUGUACCAAUACGCGCAAGCAUUAUCUGCUCGACAAGCAGCGACGCGCUGAGGCUCUGAAGCUGGAGAGGUUUCGGCGACUCACCAGCGCUGUGGUGAUCCAGUCCUUGUUCCGCGGGUACCUCGCGCGUCGUCGCGCUCAACGCGCGCGCUACGAGCGGCUGAAGUGGCUCAACUUUACGCUCAUGAACAACAGCGCACUGAAGAUCCAAGCGUUCUGGCGUGGGUACCAUGGUCGUCUCGCGUCUCACUUGCGUCUUCAAGCACAAAAGGCGCAACAGCAUCAGGAACAUGAAGCGGCGAUACGAAUUCAGAUGAUCGCGAGGGGGAAACUAGCUCGAGAUAAACGACACCGACUGGACCAAGAGCGCGCCAAGCUCGCGUCGCAGCAACGCACUAGAGUUCGAGCCACUCUCCGCAUCCAGAAGGUUUUCCGGGGUAAACAAGCUCGAAAAAUGGUGCAGGAGCUGCAACGGAAGCACCGGGAGGAAGCUCGACUUGCCCUUGAGCGGCUGGUUUACCAGACCAAGACGCGCGCUGCCACGAAGAUCCAAAGCUGCGGCCGGAGGUUCCUCGCGCGUUGUCAUUACCUGCAACGUAAGCGUGAGAUGGAGCUCAGAAGACAACAAGAAGAGCUCCGUAUCACGCAGAAUCAGGCAGCGCUCGUUAUCCAGUGCGCUAUGAGGCGGGCGGGUGCUCGACGCCUUCUGCUGCAACGUCGACGAGAGUUCGAGAAGAGAAUCUCCAUGAUGGCCAGCGAGAAGGCUCACGACGAGAUCGAGAGACUGCGGGAGGAGCAAGAGGAAGAGCUACUCAAGCUCAAGAUGAAGCUCAUGUUCCAGGAGAGCGCGGCUAAUGAAGAGGCUGCGAAGCUUCGGGAUGAGUUGGCUCGACAGCGUGAAGAGGAGGACGCUCGGCACAAGGAGGAGGCUCAGGAACUCGCUCGUCUUCGACUUGAGACGUUGAUGCAGCAGCGCGAGAUCGACUCGCGCGUGGAGCAAGACCGGCUGAAGAAGCUCGAGGCCACACGUCUCCGCGAGAAGCUGGAGAUGGAGAGACAAGCUCAACAGGAGAAGGAGGCGGCGAUGCGGACGCAGGAGAACGAAGAGCUGGCGGCUUUGAAGGUGGCGACGAUGCUGCCCAUGCGACCGACGAGCAAGCAGGAGGAGCAGGAGAAGGAGAACCGGACGCUGCAGCAGGAAGCCGAGCACUUGAAGCAGGCCGCGUUGGCGAUCCAGAAGGACCAGGCGCGCAUGAAGAUCCAGGCGGCGUGUCUGAAGCACGUGGCUCGAAAGCGUCUUCAGAAACUGCAGCAAGCUCAGUCCGUGGCUAUGGCGAGCAUCCACGACGAGGAGCAGCGCUUGAGACUCCAGGCCAAGCAGCAGAAGGAGUUGGCUCUCGCCAGACUCAAAGCUCUGAUGGACGAGGAAGCGCGCGCUCGAGAGCAGGAGAUCAAAGAGCUCGAAGUGCAGAUGCUUGAACGCGCGCGAAAGGAGAAGGAGCGGAUCGCGCUCCGCAACGCGUUAGCCAGUAAGAUCCAGUCGCGCGCUCGUGGUUUCUUGGCUCGGCAGCGGGUGAAGUCCAUCCAGAGAAAGAUCGACAAGGAGCGCGAGGACCGAGCGAAGGCCAUGCAGGAGACCAUCGAGGCAGCUGAGGCUGAGGUGGCUGAAGCUCUCAUCGAAGCUGGCGAGGUCGAGACGGAGACUGCUGAAGGCUCCGACGAAGCGAAGGCCGACGAGUGGGUCGAAUACUGGGACGAGAACGCACAGGCGUCGUACUUCUACAACAUCCGUACGCAGGAAGCAAGCUGGACUCGGCCGGUAUCGACGCCGUUGGGACCCUCGGAGAAGGCGCUGGAGAUCGUGAGGACAGCCACUGGACUGACGCAAGAGCGCGAGCAGGAAGCAGCGGCUGGGUAUGUCGACUACGCCGUCACCAACCAGGUCGAUGCCAAUGGGUAUCCGGUGGGGGCGACAGCGGCUGCGAGCUAUGCAGACGAAUACGGCUACUACGAUCAGUACGGUCAGUACCAUUACUACGACCAGAACAACGCAGCGUACUACGGAACCCAAGCCUACGGUCAGGGAUACCCACAGAUGAUGGCGAUGCAACCGAACUACGCAGCGGCAGCAGCAGCCAACUACGCGUACCAGGCAGCGGCAGCGAUGGCAUUCAGCCAGGCAAUGAUGUACGGCGCGCCGAUGAUGGGCUACGGCAACCCGGCGAUGGCCCAGCCCGUCCAGCAAUACCAAGAGGCCGCGGCUCCAGCAGCAACCGCACCGACAGAGGCAGAAAAUGCAGGAGAUGCUGUUCCGCCUGACCCGUGGGAGAAAUUCUUUGACCAGUACACCGGCGCAGCGUACUACUACAACAACAUCACAGGAGAGCAAUACUGGGCAUAG